AUGACUGACGAUUUUGUUCUUACAACUCGGUUCGUAAAGAAUCCUGACCUGUCAGAUGGAAAGGCUACAGCUAUACUGGAUUGCUUGAAAACUGUCCUAAAGGAGAAUCAUGUUCCCCCUCCUGUGUUAAGCAAAGUGUUUGGAUUAGGAAGCGAUGGGGCUUCAGUCACGACAGGCGACAAGGGCGGAAUGAGUACAUUAAUGAAGAAGGAAAACUCAAUGCUUGCUGCCUCUGACAUUGCGAAACUGAAGAAUUAUCAGCAGAUCAUUACUGACAUCUAUUAUUACUUCAGUAAGUCUGCAAAGCGUUCACAGGGUUUGAAGAAAGUACAGGAAGUUCUUGAAAGUGAUGUUCUUAAAAUAAAAGAAGUCCACAGUGUACGUUGGUUUUCCUUCUACAAUGCUCUUUAUGCUAUUUAUCAUUCAUGGGGUGCACUUGUUACAUAUUUUGCAUCACAUGCAAAAUCAGAUGCCAAGGCCAAAGGGUUUGUAAAGAAGAUCACUGAAUAUGAAUUUAUUGGAAUCACUCAUUUCCUCAUUGACAUAAUUCCAAUCACCACCCAACUAAACCUGGUAUUUCAGAAGCAGGACCUUGACCUGGCAGCAGUAUCCCCAGUUGUUGAUGCUACUGUUCAGCGCAUCAAGGUAGCUUGUGAACAAGGGAAACAUCAGAAAGACCUCAAAGAGAAGCUGAAGGGAUCUGAGUUUACACUUGAAGAACACAUGGUUAAAGUGAGUGCAAGUCAAAUAUUAACUGUGCAGAAAGUCAAAGCUGACUUUGUUGAAGCUCUUGAAUCCAACCUUCAGAAGAGGUUUCCAAAGGAGAGCAUGAAUGUUGUUUCGGCCUUUGAAGUAUUAACUCUCAGGUCCUUAUCAUUUGUGCCAAGGGAAGUAAUUGAUGAUUAUGGCAAUGACAAGCUAGAAAUACUCACAGAACACUACAGAAAAAAAACAACAGAAAACAGAGAAUGGUGUUAUUGCAGCUGUAAUUGA